CCGACGUGCCACUUCCAUCCCCCGAAGUGCAUCCACUCAAACUGGUGAAAUCUUCCGUGAAGCCGAUCCGCAACGACAAGCCUCACCGACGACCCUCCUACCCGCCAACUCGCCUUGCUCCCGGAGCGAAGCGCCGCACGACUUCGUCAAUCGACAGCGUGCUCGUCGAUUCUCCACGCCGCCGACGACUGAACCGGAUUUCCCACUGCGUCCCCUGACCGGUUUCCGAGGAGUCGGCAGGGCCUGUCCCUUGCUCCAAGCUGGCGACGAUGGUCAAGAGCAAUGCGCAACCCGGCAUCUACAGUGCCACCUACAGUGGUAUUCCCGUCUACGAGUUCCAAUUCGGAGAUGACCUCAAGGAACAUGUCAUGCGACGUCGGCAAGACGACUGGAUCAACGCAACACACAUCCUGAAGGCCGCCGGCUUCGACAAGCCCGCCCGAACACGUAUUCUCGAGCGCGAAGUACAAAAGGAGAAGCACGAGAAAAUUCAGGGCGGCUAUGGGAAGUACCAGGGCACAUGGAUUCCCCUCGACAAGGGUGUCGCCCUCGCCCAGCGCAACAACAUCUACGACCGCCUGCGCCUCAUCUUCGAAUACACCCCAGGCGACCAAAGCCCGCCGCCAGCCCCCCGGCACACAAGCAAACCAAAGGCACCUAAGAAACCCGCAGUGCCCAAAUGGCCCGGUACGAACAUCCAACAACAGCAGCAGCAGCAGCAACUACCACCACCGUCACAGCCCCCUGCUAACUCGAUGCAAGGCGUGCCGCCGCCUCCAGAAGAGUACGACGUCGGUGACUCGGUCAUGAACGACGACGAUACCCCAGAUAACCUCACCGUUGCGUCUGCUUCGUACAUGGGCGAAGACGACCGUUUCGACAUGUCCCACCACUCCACCGGCCACAGAAAGAGGAAGAGAGAAGAGGCGAUCCAUGACCUGACGCAGCAGCAGCACUCUGUGUAUGGGGACGAACUCCUCGAUUACUUCCUUCUCUCUAGGAAUGAGAAGCCAGCAUAUCGCCCCGAACCUCCACCCAAUUUCCAGCCAAAUUGGAUCAUCGACUCGGAAGAGCACACAGCGCUUCACUGGGCAUCCGCCAUGGGCGACGUGGAAGUCAUCAAGCAGCUGCGUCGCUUUGGCGCUGGCUUGAACGUGCAAAACGUGAGGGGGGAGACUCCCUUGAUGCGAGCGGUGCAUUUCACCAACUGUUACGAGAAGCAAACCUUUCCCCAGGUCAUGAAAGAGCUCUUCGACACCGUCGAUGCUCGGGACGCGUCUGGUGGCACAGUCAUCCACCAUGCGGCAGUGAUGAAAAACGGGAGAGUGGUCAGCCAUUCAUGUUCGAGAUACUACCUGGACAACAUCCUGAACAAGCUGCAAGAAACACACGAUCCCGCCUACGUCCAGCAGCUUAUCGACGCCCAAGACGAGCAAGGCAACACCGCCCUCCACCUUGCCGCGCAACGGAACGCACGGAAAUGCAUCAGGGCACUUCUUGGCCGUCAAGCGUCGACUAACAUCCCCAACAAUGAGGGUGUGCGAGCGGAGGAUCUCAUUGCUCAGCUCAACGCUACAAAGAAGGAGCGCGGCCCUCAACGGUCAUCGUCACCUUUUGCGCCCGACUCCCAGCGCCACGUCUCUUUCCGCGACGCCAUGCCUGAGAGAAAUAUCAGCAGCAAGAACCUCGCCCUCUCGUCAUUCAACUCGGAGGCCGCAAACACAGUGCACGCGCGCAUCACGCCGCUCAUAAUGGAGAAGUUUCAGGACCUCGCAGGGAGCUACGACGAGGAGCUCCGCGAGAAGGACAAUGCAGAAAAGGAGGCCCGCCGCAUCCUCUCCAACACGCAAGCCGAGCUCGCCGCCGUGCGGCAGCAGAUCGCCGAGCUCGAAGCGCAACUCGAGCCGGACGAGGGCGCGGCACAGAUCAUGAGCGAGGCCAAUCGCGCCAAGCACCAGGUCAUGUCCCUCAUCACCCACCAGAACCGUCUGCACGUGCAGCAGGCCGUCGACCAGGAGAUUAGCAAGCUCAACGGUGACGUCGACGAAGCCUCUUACGAGGACCGUCUGGCUCUGGCGAAGCAGCUGCAGACGAUGGUGUCGGAGCAGCGGCAGUCCGAGUCCGACUACGUAGAGGCUCUCAGUAUGGUCGGCACGGGCGAGAACAUUGACAAGUACCGCCGUUUGCUGCGCAAGUGCCUGCCCCCGGCCGACGCUGAGAAUCUGGACGAGAACCUGGACAACCUCAUCGAAAUGAUGGAGGAGGACCGUGAUCUGCCGGGCGAUAGCUCUGGUCUUGAGCCCAUGGACGUCGGGAUGAGCGGCAUCGGCAUCGGCAUCGGCAUCUAGACACUGGUCGUUGAACCGACAAGGAUGCGCCAAGACGAGUGGGCAAGGGCAAGCAAGCACAUCGCUGCGUAUCUUGGGCAAUCAGCAAUUGGAUGUAAGACGUAGGAAGCAACUCGACGCACCUUUCGCCUCGUCCAAUUUACGAGGCGCUUGUUCGGGUAAGUCUUCGACUUGGUACGAAAAAAGGGGGUGUCUUCAUAGAGGGGUUCAGGAUCUGUCGACUUUUUGAUGGUUUUUCUCUCUCUCUCUCUUUUUAUUUAUUUUUAGGCUCAGGCAGGGCACGAUUGGGCAGGCAAAGCAGGCUAUUUUGCUUUGAACAACUUUUUAUUCAUUUUCCACGGGCGUUUGGAGAGUUGGCGAGCAAAGGGGGGUGGGGGACUGUUGAGAAGCGAAGCUGUUGGAAUGGCUGAUGGACACAUGGGCGCGAGGCCAUCGCGCGAUACGCCCGCGCGCGCGCGCACACAAACGUAUGCCCGGCCGCCUAGACCUAGGUCUUGUGUAAUAUUCUAGCGUGGCUCGAAAGAGGACGUGCCAUGCAAUCAUAACGAGGUUUCUCACGCAAGACUGGACAUGACUAAACAAUGACUGCUCAUCACACUAC